CUUGAAGUUAACUGUGUAAAGGGGGAAGGGAAACUGAGAUUGGAAGGAGAGAAACUGAGAUAUCCAUGACAACCAGUUUGACAUACGAUGGCAUGAGUGCCCCCUAUUGGUUGGAUCUUGUCAAGGAGAAGCCACACUCCAACUGCAAGACUUCACCAAGACUCACCCCACCUUGGCUUGAGCAUUGUUAUAUUGUGGAUGUGAGGUGCCGACGUUGAGUGUCAAAGCAAUGAAGCGGCUGGGAAAGAGAGAGGCCACCCCAGAUCAGCAGUGUCCAUAUCCAGCUCUGCAGCCCCUCUAAUGGGGCAGGAUGCAAAACAAAUGUAUUCAAUGAGAUCUACCUGUUGACUACUCUGGACCUAGACAGCGAGAGGAAGGAAGGGGACAUUUGACAAGCAGUAUUUGUGGAAAGGGACACAACAGACAACAUGGGGGUCUUCCCAGUAGCUCUUCUGACCACCUCAUUCUGGGAAAAAAGGCUUUAAAGGGUAGAACAGGGAUUACACACUCACACACAGACACACACACUCAUGCCAUGGAAGGGGACAGUGGUGUCACAGCACACACAGAGGGUCUGAAUGGUGUGUUCCAUCAUGAAUGUAAAGAGACAGAGGAGCUAACCAAUAGCCACUCCAACCACAAACCCGUGAUCAAUGGACUGACGCCAUGUCAUAGUGUCAAAGAGCACGCCAACGGCAGUUCAUUGCUCAAAUCUCUGCCAAUUUCAGCUCUGAAGCAGAAUGGCCUUCUGCAGUCCCUGGCAGCAGGAGGAGAGCAACCCAAGAUAGAAAGGGAGAGUGCGGAUGUGGAGCAGGCUAGAGAGGAGUGGGAGGCUCUAGAGAGUAUCCAACCAGUGGUCAGUGAGGAGUCCAGUCCCACCCCUAUCAUCUCCUUUAACGAGGCGCUGCAGCACUUCCAGACCACAGACCUUGGAGAGCUGCUGAAGAAGAUCCAGCCCACCAUCCGCAGGACGGGUCUGGCCACUCUCACACACUUCCUGUUCGGCCCGCCGCGACUUCACCGAGAACUACUGGAGGAGAGGGACCUGGUCUUUGCCAUCGCACAGUGUUCUCUGGAUAACAGUCAGGCUGUACACCUGCGUGUUCUACAGACCAUCUAUAAGAGGCUGACAGGCAGCAAGCUGGACUGUCCUCGAUUCGGCACCCACUGGGAGAACUUGGGCUUUCAGGGUACAGACCCAGCCACAGACCUGCGUGGUACAGGUUUUCUGGGGCUGAUGCAUACCUUGUACCUGGUAAUGGACCCUGAGACACUCCCUCUAGCCAGAGACAUCUACAAGCUGUCCCAGCACCCCACACAGAACUUUCCAUUCUGUGUGAUGUCCCUCAAUAUGACCUGUAUCGCCCUGCAUGCACUCAGAGAAGAGGCCCUGUCCAAGGAGUGUAACCGUCGUCAGCAGGUGGUGGGGGUGUUGAAUGAGUUCUACGUUGCCACGUUCCUGCACCUCUACCAGCUGUGGAAGAGCCAGCAGAAGACUAUCUCUGACUCUGGCUUCGUCCUGAAAGAAGUGGAGCUGUUUGCCAAAAAGAACCCCAAGCAGAUGCUGCGUCGACUGGAUGUCUUCUUGAGGGAGAGGAGGUCCCCGGACCCCACGGCCCAGCAACCCUCACCCUGCCUGGGGGGGAGAGGGGACAGGUCUGAGGGAACCAGGGGCAAGGAGAUGCACUUUACUGGAGUGUGUGAGCUACCACUAAACAUGGAGGGAGAGGCCAGGCUCAUCUGAGAGGGAGAGAGCGAGAGAGAGUCUGUCUGUCUGUGAGUACGGCUAGACUAGUCUGAGCUAGAAAGAGAGAGAGAGUGUUUGUGUCAGUUGUGUGUUUGGGGACCCGACCAAGCCUUGACCCACUCCCUGCGGUCCUUUCCCAUUGAUGCUGUAAAACUGCUGUCAGAUCAGUAUGUAUGGAGUCACUCACUCCUCUCCCAACAGAAGUGCUUGACGGUGUGGCGGACAUUCAUAACAAUAAAUCACAGACAUGGGACUGAUGAAUAGAAGAUGUUAUUAAAUAGAGAGAGUGAAUGAAAUGUUAGCUUUUCAAGGACUGGUGUGGGUGCAGAGAGUGGGUGUGGGUGCAGGCUUUGUUCCAGCCAAGCAGUAGCGCACCUGAUUCUACUAAUCAUCCAAUCAUAGUUGGUUUAUUGAGGCCAAAUCAGAAGCUGCCAAACCCCAGGGCUUCUAUCUGUCUACAGCACUAGUAGAGUUCUGGAAGGCUGUAGUGUCUAUAACUGUCUUCUACUGUCAGCAGAACUCUGUGUGUGUGUGUGUGUGUGUGUGUGUGUGUGUGUGUGUGUGUGUGCGCGCUCUAGGUAUGGAGAUUAAGGUGUGUGUUGGCUAUAGGGAGUUGGAACAGUGAGCCCUGUGUCUGUGUAUGAAGUCAGGCCGAUGUGUGUGUGUCUGGGCUCGGAUGGUUCUUGUCUCAGUCCCAGUGCAGGUUAAAUAGGCCCAGAGCCCCUGGUUGUUUGGGGGAUAUAUUUUUGAAUAAUUGAAUAACUAUGUUAGUCCUUUCCUAAGGGAUAGAUGCCAUAACAAUACAUGAAAUGAUACUGUAUAUGAAAAUGAUAUUAUAUUAUGGAUAUAGCACUUGAUGAUAGUUGCAGAAUGAGAGGGACUUCUUCUGCUAGGAAACUCAGGAAGACGGUUCAAAUGAUACCCUGGUCCCUAUAUAGUGCUCUACUAUUGAUCAUCUUCCCUGUGUUGCUUUGGUCAAAAGUAGUGAACUACAUAAUGAAUAGGGUUUCAUUUGAGAUGAAUGGUCAGUCAAGGCAACAGCUGACUAGCUAUUGGGUGGCAGAGCGUGUCAGUGAGCUGGUUUAGUCUGACUAGUGAUAAAAGUCUGCUGGGAGCGUUCUACAUACAUUCCGUUACAGAGCAUCCAACUGGAGUUGUUUGACAAGUGCAAGAUAAAAGUCAAUUGUGUGUGUGUCUUCUGACUAAAUGCAUAGUGCACACAAAUUACACAUGUGCCUCAUCUCAUGGAUACCUAGAAUGAGCUAAAGGUUAGUGUCCAGAGAUAACUUAGUAUUGUUAUGAUGAGGUAUAUUUGUGAAUUGUCUCUUUUUCUAAAUGAUAAGUUGAUAGUGGUGAUAACGGUGAAGGGUGUAUCUCUAUGAAGGUGUACAGUAAGCAAUCCCAACUCUGUCAUAGAUCAUAAUAAUAAUAACAGUGUUGUAUGAUGAGGGAAAUCCUUCCUUAUUCCAGGGUGUGUGAUGAUACAGUAUUACAGGGGAGCGUAGCUCUGCAGUCACAAUCAGUAGCAUGUUCAGGUAGCACCGGUACUGUAACCUCAUUGUUGUUUUACCUUCCUUGUAAAGCUUGUUGCUCUUGGUCAUGUGGUCUGAUUUACAAUCUUUAGUGUCGGUGCUGUUACUACAGUACAUUCACAACAUCCCCUCUACAACAGUCAUCUAGUUAGUAGAGCUACUCAGUGGAUUCAUGUUUUGUGAGGUACUUGUAGAUCUUCGGUAGCCGGUUCUUAAAUGUGAUCUUUGUCUUCUGGGAUGAAAGUAGAACAAGCAGGAGGGUCCUGUCUCUAAGGGCAGAUCAUCAGGUUGGAUGUAUCACUGGAUCAGGGGUUAAAGUAUGCACAUCUAGAAACAUGAUAAGCGUGGACAUUAUCAGCUACUAAAUGUAGCCUAUCUUGUUUUAUUGGGUUAUUUACAAGCACAUCACUAUCCAGUGCCUUCGGAAAGUAUUCAGACCCCUUGACUUUUUCCACAUUUUGUUACGUUACAGC